AUGAAUUUUGACCAGAAGGCUGUGAAAUUCCUGGCAAAUUUCUACAUCAAUGGGGGCAAACACUGGACUCAUGGCCCCCUUAGUCAGAAGCCUCUAUGUCCCACCCAGCCUGAGGCUACUGUGGUGUUGAGAAGCGGGGAUGAGAUGUGGCUGCCAAAGAGGAAGGGAGCCUCAGCCGGCCUCAGGCUAGGAACAUGCACCCCCAAGACGUGCCACCCUAUCUGCUCCGGGACCCUGAAGGAGCUGCUGCUAGAGCGACGCCCCCCGAUCCUGAUCGACCUGGACGUCCCCGGCCCCAUCAAGUACGAGGUGCCCAACGCGUCGGUUCGAGAAUCUUCCCCUCACCCCCACUACAGCAUUGGCUGCAAGCACCCGGGCCGAGAGGGCGGCGGCCGCAGGGCGUGGCAGACCAUGUGGCUUCAGAGCGAAAGCCCCUUCACGCAGAAGGCCGACUUUAACCGAGAGCAAAAGUGGCCAUCUCCCGCCGACUAUGGGCCGCUCAGCCGAACUUCCUUCCCGGCCUUCAGCUUCGGAGGCCGUCGCCGAAGCAUUUCCAAGACUCCUUCGGGCCUUGCCCGCCCAGGCCUGCUCCGUGGCAGGGGCCCUCGUGCCCAUCUCCCGCCCCAGGCUUCUGUGCAGGCUCCGGCUGAGAAGCGCCCCAGUCCCAACACCUACGACAUCCUUCCCGGGUACCGUCUGCAGAACCCGCGCUCUCCUGCCUUCUCCAUGAGCCGCUCGCCUGCCUUUGCCUCCUGGUUCAGUUCCUCCCAAACCCCGGGCCCGGCUGCCUACUAUGUGGAGGACUGCUACAAUUCACGCUUCCCCUCUGCGCCUGGAGUGGUCAUACAGGGUGUGCGAAGACCCAAGCGCCACGACACAGGCCCCUUCUGCACGCUCUAA